CAAAAGCAUCUGGUAAAAAAAUGGGCAAGGAAUCGUGACAUUGGGACUCUGGCACAGCCUAAAUCACUUGGUGGCACACGGGUGAGUGAGCUCGGAGCCUACGAAAGUUUGGAAUAAUUCUCUCAAGAACAGCAAAGAUUGAAGGGGAUGUUUGAAGGAAAAUCAGAAGAAAGAACAACGUGGGUAACCAGUGGAUACAACUUUAAAGCGAUUAACCGAGGGACCAGAGGGAAAUGAGAAUGAGCAGCAAGUUGUCAUGAUCUGGAAUGUGCAGCCUGGAAGCUGAUGGAAGAAUAGCUUUUUAAAGUGAACAGGAUGAAUACUUGAAAAGGAAAGUAUUUGCAAGGAUUCGAGGGUGGAGUGCUUUGUGACUAAGUUCUUUCAGAGAGAUGACACGGGCGUAAUGGAUUGAAUUGUCUCUUGUGUAAGAAGCUCCAUCGUUCAGUUAUUGAAUUUUAUUUUCAAAUGAUAUACUAUGCUGAAUCCUGUGAGCAACAGCUGUAACUUGUAUUCAUUUCUUCAAUCUAAUUAAACGCUUCAAGACAGUUCACAAAAGCAUGAUGAAACAAGAUAUACCACCCAGCCUCAUGGGAUGUUAGAACCCAGUCACCAAAAGCUUGGUCAAAGAGGCAAUUUCUAGGAAGGAUGCACAGUGUGGCUAGUUGCAGCGUGUCCCUGGGAUCUCUGGGAUUGAUGCAGCUCUUUGGCGUUUCCUGGACCUGGACUAUAGCUGCAAGCUUUGGCAUUUAUCUGGGAAGUGGAGGAUGGAGGUUUAUUCGGAUACUGUUAAAAACUGCACCAAGAGAUCUCUUUGGUCUGUUGUUGCUGCUGAGGGUUAAGUUAGCUGUAUGGAAACACCAACGGGAAGACAGCACUAUCCCGAAGAUCUUUCACGACACAGUGCAGAAACACCCAGAUAAGGUUGCCCUCAUUUAUGAAGGGGUUGACGAAAAGUGGACUUUCAGGGACCUCGACGAGUAUUCCAAUGCCGUGGGCAACUUCCUUCGGGAGCAAGGCUACGGACCGGGUGAUGUCAUUGCCUUGUUCAUGGAGAGCAGGCCGGAGUUUGUCGGGCUGUGGCUUGGGAUGGCUAAAGUUGGAGUGGAGGGGGCACUGCUCAACUUCAAUCUCCGCCUCGACGCACUCACUCACUGCCUGUCUGUGUCAGGAGCCAAGGCCAUUAUCUUUGGCGCAGAGAUGAACGAUGCCCUGUUAGAAGUGAAUGGAAUCCUAGGGAAAAAGAUCCGGAGAUUCUGCAGCGGAAGCUGGGAUCCGAGUAAAGUUGCAGCAGGGACAGAGCACCUCGAUCCGCUGCUCAGUGCGGCUUCCAAAUACCUGCCGUCUCCUCCUCUGGGAAUUGGAUUCAUGGAUCGUCUUUUUUACAUCUACACGUCUGGCACCACGGGUAUGCCGAAAGCGGCCAUUGUAGUACACAGCAGGUACUACAGGAUGGCUGUGUUUGCUUAUUAUGGAUUCCGAAUGAAGCAUGAUGACAUUAUUUAUGACUGUCUGCCCCUGUAUCAUUCAGCAGGCAACAUAGUUGGUGUGGGACAGUGCGUCCUGCACGGCCUGACUGUUGUGAUCAAAAAGAAGUUCUCGGCGAGUCGAUUCUGGGAUGACUGCGUGAAGUACAACUGCACAAUCGUCCAGUACAUUGGCGAGAUUUGCCGGUAUCUCCUCAACCAACCGGUCCGCCUGGCUGAAAGCCAGCACCACAUCCGUAUGGCGAUUGGUAACGGCCUGAGACCCUCGGUCUGGGAGUCCUUCACCAGUCGCUUCCGCAUCAAGCAGAUGGCAGAGUUCUAUGGGGCAACUGAGUGCAACUGUGCCAUCGCCAACCUGGACGGCAAGGUAGGCGCCUGUGGGUUUAACAGCCGCAUCUUGCCCCAGGUCUAUCCUAUCCGUCUGCUGAAGGUUAAUGAAGAUACUCUCGAGCUUAUCCGAGGUCCCAAUGGGCUGUGUAUCCCCUGCAAACCAGGUGAGCCGGGGCAGUUGGUAGGCCGCAUUAACCAGCAGGACCCCCUUCGCCGGUUUGAUGGCUACGCCAACGAGUCUGCCACAAGCAAAAAGAUUGCAUACAACGUCUUUAAGAAAGGAGACAGCGCCUACCUGUCAGGUGACGUGCUGGUUAUGGACGAGCUCGGCUACAUGUAUUUCAAGGACCGGAGCGGCGACACUUUCCGCUGGCGAGGGGAGAAUGUCUCAACCACUGAGGUGGAGGGCUGCCUGAGUCAGCUCCUGAACAUGACUGAUGUGGCAGUGUACGGGGUGGAAGUGCCAGGUAAGCAGCCUCUUCUGAUCUCCUCACUUCAACCCUGGGUUCAAUACUCCUCAAGCACUGUUGGGCAGAGCGUGGAAACUCUGCCACAGUAGGCCAGGCAACUCCGU